UAUUAUUCCUUAUAUGGCACCAGAGAUUUUUCAAGGACAAAAAUAUACAAAAGCUUCAGAUAUAUAUAGUUUUGGAAUGAUUAUGUGGGAGAUUAUGACAGGUAGAAGACCUUUUUGGGAUCGAAAUCAUGAUACAUAUCUUAUUAUUGAUAUUUGUGAUGGUUUACGACCACCAAUUGUCACAAAUGCACCUGAUGGAUAUAUUGAAUUAAUGAAAGAAUGCUGGCAUUCUGAUCCGGAGAAAAGACCAGUAGCUGCUGAUUUACAUGAAAAAAUUCGAAAUAUGCAUCUAAAUGAAACAGAAAAUUUCCAGAAAAACAAUCCAACUGGAAUUAUUGAAUCGUUAGAUAUUGGACCUGCAACAACAAAUAAUCCGGGUGCCAUUUAUAAAAGUAGACCUUUAAGUAGCAUGAUUAAUUCUGCAAUGUCUUUAAGGAGUUCAAGAAGUCAAUCUAUUAGUUUAGAAAAAUUAAAAAGGAAGUUUGAGGAUAAUUUAAUUGAAAAUAAUGAUGAAGGUCGAAGUAUUAAAAAAGAAAAAUUGUAUGAAAAUGAAGAUUACUUUACAGAAGAGAUCAACUUAGAUAUUGAUAUAAAUUUUAAUAAUAAUGAAUAUAUUUCCAAGGAAAAUGAUUUCGAUAUUGAUACCCAAAAUUUAUAGAAGUAAUUUUUCUUUUAAACAUGAAUAUUGUCACUAUUAACAAUUGAUUAAAUAUUAUCAAGUAUUAUGACAAAUUUAUUUAUUAUUUGUAGCUUAAAUUAUAUCAUAGUAUAUUUAUAUUUAUAUUUAAGAAACUAAAUAUAAUUUAU